AAAGUUUUUCAGCUGUUUUAGUUUCUUUUGAGACUGAGGCAUGCCAGAUAGGUUUCUAAUCUAACCCAAAUUAUAAUAUUUUGGGACUUUAAAUUUCGAUCGACUUGUAGGAUUACAAAACUCAAUUUUAGAACAUCAUAUUACUCCCAGCUAAUCAAUAUUCAUGUAAAUAAAAUGAAUACCUCUGAACCACUUUUUCCCAAUCUUUUGAGGCUGAGGCGAACAGUUGUAUUUUGAACAUAACCCAAAUUGAUAGUGGCUUUAUUAUUAUUUUUUGGGGCGCAGAGUUUGAAAUCUAUUUUGAGAACCUUGGAAGUCAACUAAUUUGCCUACGAAACUAAUAACUUAUCUGCGCCACACAAUGUAAACAAGUGGGUCUUCCUAUGUCAGAUAUAUUAACACUCCAGAUUUGUUCUUAACCCACGUUGCCACGCCGUCCGCCCACGGGCGCAGUAAGCAACUGUAAACGGGGAAAGGCCAGAAGAAAGAGCACAAUUUUCAGAGAAUUCAUAAGCACGCGCUAAUGCGAAUACUAAUGCUAGGCAUACUCCGUCCCGCUUCCACUGGCCGGUGACCGUCAUCCACCAUCUACCAUCCAGUGACCACUAUCCACUGGCCCCUGUCUUCCCAACUGGACCGGCACUCCACUCCCGACCGCCACCUGCAACCCGUGCGUAAGGUGUGUGGAAGCACCUGUUGUUGAACAACGUAACCGUGCGUGCUCGGGCGUUCGGGUUGCGUCUUAUUAGAAGCCGCGUUCGGUGGCCCCGGGGCCAGUCAGGAAAAUAAGGAAAAGGCAACAAAAACAGACCCAAGCGAAAGAAACGAGAAAAAACGGCGCUGAAAACCGUUCGAAUUUGGUGAAAUCAAUGCGUAGAAAGUGAAUCGAGGCUUACGCAAAGUCGGGGGAAAAGUGAAAAGCUGCGGAAAACUUGGCUGCCCGAAAAGUACAUUUGGACACACCUGCAUUCAGCUGCCUGAGAUCGCGUGCUCCACCCGAUUUGCCUGGCCAGGAGCUGGAGCUGAACCGAGAGCGGGAGCUGGAGCCAGAGCCACAGCCACACACCUGGGCGAGCGGCGGCCCACCUGCCGGCUUAGAUGCGUCUAAUCCAAUCGGCAACCGGCGGUGCUGCUGCGACCGUUCUGCAGACCCCCUCCCAGGCGCAGUACAACUACACCAGCAUGCGUGAAGAUGAUAUCGAGCUGGCCAUUAAAGUGGUCAUUGUGGGAAACGGUGGCGUGGGCAAAUCCUCGAUGAUCCAGCGCUACUGCAAGGGCAUCUUCACCAAGGACUACAAGAAGACGAUUGGCGUGGACUUCCUGGAGCGCCAGAUCGAGAUCGACGGCGAGGAUGUGCGCAUCAUGCUGUGGGACACCGCUGGCCAGGAGGAGUUUGACUGCAUCACCAAGGCCUACUACCGGGGCGCCCAGGCCUCCGUGCUGGUCUUCUCGACGACGGACCGGGCCUCCUUCGACGCAAUCAAGGAUUGGAAGCGCAAGGUGGAGAACGAGUGCAACGAGAUACCCACGGUGAUUGUGCAGAACAAGAUUGACCUUAUCGAACAGGCGGUGGUCACCGCCGACGAGGUGGAGACGCUGGCCAAGCUGCUCAACUGCCGGCUUAUCCGCACCUCCGUAAAGGAGGACAUCAAUGUGGCGUCCGUGUUCCGCUACCUGGCCACCAAGUGCCAUCAGCUGAUGACCCAGAGCUACGACCAGGCCGCCGGAAACCAGCAGAACUCUAGCCACCCGCCCUACAGCAGCACGCCCACGAUCAGCGCCUUCAGUCCGACCUUCACCAAGUCAAGCAGCGGCACCAUCGUCCUCCGUCCGGCGAAGAAGGGCCACGGCUCCAGCGUGGCCCGGAAGCGCAAGAUAGUGCUCAAGAAGUGUGGAAUAUUGUGAGGAGUUGUCGGAUUAGCUGGAUGGAUGGCAGGGGCGACUGGGCUGCCAAUUAAUAACUGGAGCAUAUUUAACGCUCAAUUAUUUUGGAGUCUAAUGAAGUCUUAGCCGGGUGGCCAGCCAACCGUUGGAUGCAACCACAGCCAUUCACUAGUCGUGCACAGACUCCGCGUGAUGUGGUUCAGACAUGCUUGCGGAGUAGCAAAGAUAAUCGAAGGCAGCAAAGUGGAUCUUCGGAGCAAACCACGAAGAGGAGAUACCCUUGCAGAGUUCCGACUUACUGAGAAACUAAAUAUGUUAUCAAAGACUUUUCCCCUUAAAAUGAUAUCUAAAACGUAAUAUGUCGGGCCGGUUCCGAAGUCUUAAAAAAGGAAUUCAAUAUUAUUUUGAAAUAUUUUGUUGUAAUGGUAUUUGGAGACCAGAUCACAAAAAAUUGUCAAAUUGGAUGAACUAUAGUUGAUAUCCAUGUAAAAUAUUCUUGUUAGUUAUCAGGAUAAAUUUACCCAACCCAAACUUGAGUCCGUUAAUUUCAUCAGUAUCUUAAAUGUAAACGAAGUACUCUUGUUUAGAGCACUCACUGGAAGCCAAAAUAACAGCAACCGAUCUGCAAGGGUAGACGAGAGUUCUCAAAACCACAGACAAUAUGCACAAGCACUGGCAGUUUCUCAAAAAUUGCCCUAAUUAGUUUUAGAUAUGAAAUCAAAUUUGUAUGUAUUAUGCCCGCUUUUCUAUAACGGAGACUGAAGCAGCUUGGCUUUUAUAUCUGAUAUGUAUAUAGAUAUGUUAGCAUGGGCAUAAGCUUGCCUAACCAAGCGCAAUUAAAAGGCUAUUUAUCACGCUAACACAGCCCAGAUAUCCAUGUGAAAUCCCUUCGCCAAUUUACCUUGGCCAAAUGUGCAAUUAAUUAUUCAGCUUAUAUAAUUAUUAACUAAUUUCAAGUCAUGUCAAAGCGCAGUUUGACGCGAUUCUAUGUGGACCUCUGUUUACAUUCAAAGGAAAAAUAUGCAGAUAGAGCACAAAGCACUCUUAAUUCACUUAUAUAAGCCGAAUAUAAAUAGAUAAUCCUAAGCCUAUUAAUAUUGUACUUAUAACUGUAAUGACUCAUUAAUAUAUUCGCUUAAUAAAUUAUUUCUGUAAAUUACCCUA